AUUGGUUUUGUUUGCUUGCUCAUUUUAUCUGUGUUUUCUGCCAGUGAAAACUAACAAUUGUCAAGGAAUUUUUUUUCAUUUAAGCUACAAAUUGCCGAAGUAAUGAACUGAUAUUUGCCAUGAUACCACGUUAACAGAAUAUUUUUAUCUUGUAGGCAUUGUAUCCAAGUCUUAUGAAUGCCGACUGAAGGGGCAAGGAGCAACCUUUGUGGAAACUGCCAGUCCUUUUACUGCAGCAGCGCUGGGAGAGGUUUCUCCAGUUAAAGAGAGGGUCUUUCGAGGCAGCAGGAGACAGCAACCAUCGCCUGAACAAGUUCAGCAAGUUAUUAUUAUUCAAGGAUACGAUGGUGACUUUGCAUUUGAUGUCUCUGCAGAAGAAACAGCAGCGGCGACCCUUCAGACUCUGGCAAUGGCUGGUCAAAUGGCCAGGGUAGUCCAUAUUACAGAAGAUGGGCAGGUCAUAGCUACAGAUCAGAACAGCUCAGAUGUGAGCAGUAUGGUUCCAGGGCAGAUACUUACUGAGCAGCUGGCAGAUGGUGCAACACAGGUAGUAGUGGUUGAAGGCUCAGUAACAGGAACUGAUAUGGAGGAGGCUGUUCCUAUAGAUGCAGUUCCUGACUCCAGUGGUGCUGUACUGCAACAGAUAAUGCAACAGGAAGUUUUGGAGCCUUCUGAAGCUACAGUACAUCCUCCAGACUCCUCUUCAGCAUUAGAUGCCUUGCUUUGUGCUGUAACAGAGCUGGGUGAAGUGGAAAACAAAUCUGGACUCCCUGACAGAAGCAGGUCUGGUCACAAAGAUUUCUUGCAAAUGCCAAACCCAGAGGUGCCCAGUGUUCCCAGUGAUGCGGGGAGACAAGAAAUACAAAUGUUCCAUGAAGUUCAAGAGACUCAGGAAGACACCAAACCUAUGGAAGUAGUGACGCAGGUCAUGCACCCAUCGGCUAUAAUUGCAUCUCAGGAGAGAGCUCAGGCUGCCUUCAAGAAAAUGGUCCAAGGAGUAUUACAUUUUGCUGUAUGUGAUACAGCUGCAGCCGAUCAGCUGAUAAAAGAAGGUGUCACUCAGGUCAUUGUAAAUGAGGAGGGGACUGUGCAUAUGGUAGCUGGAGAAGGCUCUCAGAUAAUUAUGCAGGAAGCUGGUAGCCAUGCACUCAGCGUCCAAAGCGAACACAUGGAUUUAGUUGAUUCAGAUGGGGAGAUAUCGCAGAUUAUUGUCACAGAAGAAAUAGCUCAAGCCAUGGUUCAAGGUUCUGAUGGCAACUUCUCAGAAGGUGCGACCCACUACAUUGUCACAGAAUUGCAACCAGACGUGCAGAGUGAGCCAGGUGUGUACUCGCACGCUGUGAUAGAGGCGGCCAGGUCUCAGGAGAUUUUACAGGCUGGUACCGCUGUGAAACCUGAAUCCCCUGAUAGAGCAGGAGAACAGCUAACAAGCAUGGUCAUUUAUACAGAGGGUGGCUCACAAGUCAUUGAGGGCCAGAGAGAUGAUAACGAAGUACAAGAAGCAUGAAGAGCUUUAUCUCCUGGGCUCGAUGCAGGACAAAGCUGGAAACAACCAGAUCCUGGAACUUCUUCUGUAAAACCUUCUGCACGCGGUAUCUUCCUAGGCAGGUAACAAAUACGCACCCUGUGGGAGGAGAAGGUCAGCGACUAGGAGGAGUUCACUGAAAAGUAUAGUCUUGUCACAAUAGCUCUGAGAAUUAUGAUACGGGAUUAUUUUACAGCAAAUGUAUUAGAAGAGGAUAGAAAUACACCCCUUCCCCUCACAACUAGGUAUUGUUCUGUUCACUGCUUUGGUUUGUUUUUCAGAUGGUCUUUUUUUAUCUCAGGGUAAGUCCCUGCCUUCUGUCUUUUUUGCCUAACAUAAUUCUAGGAAUAAAAUAUUUUCACACGUAUGUACAUUUUAUAAAGGUAAAUAAGCAAAAAAUACCAAAAAGUGCAUCAUUACAAGAACAAGGGGAUCGAGUAAGCUUACAUACUGAAAUUGGUGCCCUUCUUUAUUUCGGAGAAGAACAGGUGACAUUCUCCUUUCUAGAAUCCUACUUUCAAACAUCCCUGGUGAAAAAGAUGUCAUCAAAAUAAGUAUUUUCUGCAUCUAGAAUGAAAUUGUUAAUAGUAGCUUACUGCUUCCUGGUAUCACAUAGGACUUUUCCUAAGAGCUGAAAAUGCAAUGUUUCGGAAAAUUGUAGAUUAUACACGUUCAGAAAACAAGCAUUUGAUGCCUCUAUCUUCCACUUAAAUUUAGCUUGUGAGUCCUACAUAGAAAAUGUGCAGUUUUUGAAAAAAUAUUCUCACUGUCAAUGUUUUGCUGUUCUUAUAAAUUGUGCUUCAUAUAAAUACCAUUUCACAGUUCAUUUUGUGAGCUACUUUUGAAACGUUCUGGGGGUUUUUAAAGGAAAUUCUGACAUUGACAUUAACAAGUA